AUGGCUACUCGGGUGCUUCAGGCGAAUCUCAACCACUGCGCCAGGGCCCAGGACCUGUUGUUUCAAUCCAUGGCGCAGUGGAUGAUAGGCGUUGCUGUGCUGGCAGAGCCUUACUCGAUCCCUCCCCGCGACGAUUGGGUGGGAGAUCUGGACGGUUCCGUGGCGCUUGUUGUGAGAACGGCGACUGGUGGUUCGCCACUCACUCACGUCCUCAGGGGAAAGGGAUAUGUGGGCGCCCUCUGCGGCGAAAUUUUCUUUCUUGCGACGUACUUCUCGCCCAACCGCUGUCUGGUCGAUUUUGAACGGUUCCUGGACGAAAUAGGGGCUCGGGUCGGUCAACUCCUAGAAAGGGUGAUGGAGGGCCUCUUCCCGGCAGUCGAAGCGUUUGCCCCCAAGAGCAGCCACGGGACCUGA